AUGGAGAUGGCUGCUGAACCUGCUGCACUUGGUGGUUUCAAGUGUGGGCUGCUGGUUUUUGGAAAACCAGACUGGACGAGGAAGGAGAAAGGAGCAAUCACUAAUAUCACCAUGAGUAACAACCAUUCCCUCGUAGCAUCUUUGGAUGCUAAUAAGUUGACUGGACCAAAUUUCUUGGACUGGUAUAGAAACUUGAGAAUUGUUCUCAAGCAAGAAAAGAGGCUAUAUGUCAUUGAACAUGCCAAACCCAGUAUUCCUCCUGUUGAUGCUCCUGAAGAGGUACUAAGUGAGUUCAUUCGUCAUACAGAUGAUGAUGAGCAAGCCACAUGUGUGAUGUUGGCUAGCAUGUCUCCUGAACUUCAAAGGCAGCAUGAGAAUAUGGAUUCUCGAACAAUCAUUUUGCAUCUCAAGGAGUUGUUUGAUUCAAAAUGCAGGAAUGAAAGGUAUGAGGUAUCAAGGGAAUUGUUCCGCUGUAAGAUGACAGAAGGAUCUUCGGUGAAUGUUCAUGUUCUGAAGAUGAUUGGCUAUAUUGAAAAAUUAGGCCAAUUGGGUUUUGUCAUGGAUCAUGAGUUAAGUAUUGAAUUGGUCUUACAGUCUCUACCUCCUAGCUUCUCACAGUUCAUAAUGAACUUCAACAUGAAUCAGUUGGAAACUACAUUGCCUGGACUGUUGGGGAUGCUAACUACUGCUGAAGGGGAACUUAAGAAGAACAAGUCCCCUGUUCUUAUGGUUCAAUCUUCUAAGACCAAAUCCAAAAGGUCCAAGAAAAAGAACAAUAAGAAGAAAGGGACUUUCCCUAAAGCACUCAAGCCUACUGGGGGCAUUAAAAAGGACAAAGGUACUUGCCAUCACUGUGGCAAAUAA